UGUUUUUUUUGUAUUUUAAAAUUAUUGUAAAAAAAAAAAAAUUUCAAUUGAAAACUGUAUUGUUUAAAAAUUUCACUAGAUGGCGUGCACAUAAACAUGAAUGAUUCCACAUUGAUUCUAGCUCAUUUCUAAAAAAAAAACGUUUUAUUUGUGUAAUUUUAUUGAAACAUAACUACAGAAUCUUUGAAAAUAAAAACAUUUUAAAAUGUCAACUAGAUCUACAAGAAGACAUGUUAAUCGUGCCAUUGUUAAUUAUGAAUCUGAAAGCGAUUCGGUCCAAACAAAUGCUCCUGGAUCAUCAGGUGGUACUAGAAAAGUUGCAUCAAAUAAUAGUGCCGAUAUUAUGUGUUGUACGAAUGAAACCGAUUUACAAAUUUUGAUCUCCAAUUGUAUUCGUCACAUACUGCUCAAUGACUAUUCGAAAUUGUUAAUCAAACAAUCAGAUAUCAAUAAAUAUCUAAUUGAAAAUGUCAUUCUUGGUCGUAUACAAAUCAAUCCACUCAUUAAAAUGCUCAACCAGCGAUUAUGGAAAGAUUUUGGAAUGAUUCUCAUAGAAGUUGAAUGUUCACCAAAAUCAUUCAUUUUAUAUACCAUCUAUAAAAAUGAUUUGUUUGCAUUGAAAGAAAUGAAUAAUAAGGAUGAUGAUGAAAUUGAAUUUGAUACAACUCUAGUACCGGAUGAUUAUGAUGAUGAAAUCACGCCUAAUUAUGAAGAUGAUAGUAAUUUUGAUCAUCUAACUUAUGAUGAAGUUUUUGAUAAGAGCAAAAACACAUUGAUUCUCUUCAUUUUGUCAUUUAUUUUGAUUGAAGACGAAGAAAAAAUAUCGGAAAGCGAAUUAUUUUCAGCGUUAGAAGAAAUAGGUCUUUAUCUCGAUCACAAAUAUGAAAUAGCACAUGAUUGUGCCAGACAGAAUAUUCGUGAAUUAAUCUCCAAAGAAUUUAUACGUAAAUCAUAUUUAAAACGAACAAAAAAACCAAAUUCUGAUACAAGUCUACCUGCCGAUUAUUAUUAUGAAUGGGGAAUUCGUUCAACGUUUGAAUUUAAAAGAUUGGAUGUUUUGAAUUUCAUUAAAGAUAUUUACAAUUGUGAUGAAGUUCAUAUGAAUUUGUUAUUUGAAAAAGCAAAGAAAAUGGAUCAACAACGUGAAAAAUUAAUUACGAAUGCCAUCCGAUCUGUUGAUCAUAAUUAUCCUAUUGAUAAUAAUCAAAUCUCAAACGAUUUAAAUGGUCAUAUAGAAAUUAGUGUAAAUGAAAAUAUUACUCAACCAAGACGAUCACAACGACAUUCACAAAUCGAAACUCAGUCUACUUCUUCAUCAACAAACUAUCGUAAACAACAGAAAAGAGUGGCUGAAAUUUCUUCAAUUUCAGAAACAACAACAUCAUCAUUACCAUUACCAUCACCACCACCAUCUAAACGGUUGGCAACAAGACGAUCAACUCGAUCAACUAGAAAAUAAAUUAAACACAACAGUUUAAUUAUAUACUGCCAUUAUUUUUGUUAUAAUGAUAAUGUAAUAAUGUAAUUAAUGGAAAAAAAAUUAAUAAAAUAAAAACUUUA